CGCCUACAGUUGCAGUCGGCGCACCAUUCCACGAGCACGCGACAUUCCGCGCGCGGCGGAUACCCCGCGAGAAUACCCGAUCCUCUCGACACACGACCGAGAAAAAAAAAUCGUAGAGAUAUAUCCGAACUUUGGGUGGAAAUCGGGUGAGACGCGAUCCUCUACCUGUGUAAUUGUAAUGUAAAUGCACUUUCGGUGAUAGAUAUUGCGUGAAUACUUGUAUUCGACAGUGAGAAAUUGGAUUGCUUCUGGCGGGAUCGGCGGAAACAACGCGUUCCUUUCCGUCUCUAAGAUUUAACGAAGAAUCUUGGAGUCGUGCCUGAUGUACUUGCGCAUACUUUACGUAUAGAUAUACUUGUACCUAUUAAUGAAUAAUUUGAAUACUUGAAGAUCAGCGAGAGCAAAGAAUAAUCAGCAUUUGCAUUGCCUGAAAUUCGCGUUUUGUUAUUUAAAUUGCGAAAAAUUCAGUGCUACGAUUUUCGAUAUUAAUAUUCACUACUUAAUAAAGAGAAUAUUAUAUUUAAUCGAUCGAGAGAGAUAAAAGAUAUCUUCCAGAAUAAAAAAAAUACACAAAUCAAUUGAUAAGACGCCCUUCGCGAUUUCAUCCCGCAAGAUCAAGAAUUUUCCUUUGAAGAACGAGAAUAUUACAUCGAUCGAUAGGUCAACGAAAUCGCGGGCAUUCAACACCUAAGAUAGUCAGGUAACGACCAGAAAUCGAAGUCAGUGCGGAGAACACACGUAUCUUUAACGAGGCACGAAGAGGGGGACGCCCUUACAUGCGUCAUCGCGCUAUCGCGGGUGCAAAUCGCACGUGAGCAUUGCACGUGAACGGCAGUACAACACGUGCACCACAACGUUUGGCAUCGAACGCUGUGACAGCCAACGCCUCCGUCCCAUUGUCGCGCACGUGCAACAAUAAAUGCGUCGUCGUUGCCGCGGAUGACGUCCCGUACGUUUUUCAAGAUGAUCACCCACUGGAUUGUCCUGCUGGCUCUCGGCGCCGUCUGUCACGGUCUUCCCGCCAACGAGCUUGCUGAUACGAGCACCAUUGGAGAUAUCGGAAAUGUCUCAGAAGCAACCACUGUUGCCGAAGUGAAAGGUCAUUCUAUGGAUGAUAUAAUGCCGGGAACCAAGCCACCACCGAUUACUGUGGUGUUCGUCGAUAUUCCGGAACAUACGGAAACGGAACUGGGCUCAUCCGUGUUGUUGGCAUGCCGAACCGCUAAUCCUGUAGCCGAGUGCCAAUGGUCCUGGCAGCCAUUACCGCCCAUACACCUGCCACUUCCGGAUAUCAGUGAAAGCCCAUCAGUUUCUACGACUACGGGGAUUUCGUGGAUGAGCUCAACGAUCACGUCAACUCCUACGACCCAUCCGUUGCCGGUACGACAAUUUCCGGCAUUCGGGAACAACAGCAACGAUUGCUCCGUGAGAUUCUCCAGCACGAAACACGAGCAGACAGGAUACUGGACUUGUGCGGCGAGAGUCUCCACCAACGAUCCUUUCACCAGCACUGAACCUGCCAAACUCAGCAUCGUCAACGCCAAUCACGGUAUCCUCAUCACGUUCGCGAAGCAAAACGAGAAUGUCAUCGAGGUGCCCGCGGGAUCCUCGGCGCAGAUAAUGUGCCAGACCAAGUCGCCGGUACGCGAAUGCCAGUGGUCCUGGCGGCAACUGAAUCAAUCGCAGCCCUGGAACCUCGACGUGAAAUCAUUCCCGGCCUUUGGUAAUGACAGCACGGAAUGCAGCAUCAAGUUCAAAAACGUUCUGCCGGAGCAGGAGGGUUACUGGACCUGUGGUGCGCGAAUCGAUCCGAAUUCCUCGUUCACCCAGGCGACUCCUGUUCGUUUCCUCAUAUCGGAAGUCGAGUUCGUGCAGUUGUCGCGCGGCGUACAGGUUGCGGCCGGCGAGUCGGUCUUUCUACGAUGCCUGGCGAACAAGCCGGUGGUACAGUGCGAGUGGUCGUGGAGGGCGUCGAACUCGAGCAAGGAACCGCUGCUGGUCAAGAAGUUCAAUCCAAACAAGGACGCCGAUCACGACUGUUCCGUGCGAUUCAAGAAUAUACUGUACGAGGAGGAAGGACUGUGGACUUGUGGGGUCCGUUUAACGCCAGACGGGAUCCUGCAUACGGCGCCCGCGGCCACUGUCAGCCUCCUGCCCACUGCUAAGGUGAGCUUCGUCGAUUUGCCGACGGACACGGCGGUGCCGAUAGGUACAGAAGCCGUACUGAAGUGCAUCACCAGCAGCCGAGUCGAGAAAUGCUCGUGGACCUGGAGACCAUUGAACAGCAUUGAUUCCGAAAACGUUGUUAUCAACGAAUUUCCCAGCAACGGCGAUCUCGGUCGCGACUGUUCGCUUCAUCUUCCGCAGGUGCAGGCGGAGAAACAAGGAAAUUGGGGCUGCCAGGUGUCCAUCUCAUCGCUCAACACCGUCCUAACGUCGCCAUCCGCCAAACUCACGGUCUUCGAGCAAGACGAAGUGAAGUUCUCAGAGCUGUCGCAGGACAUUCAGAUCUCCUCCGGUAGCAGUGUCCUGCUACGUUGUGUGACAUCCUCGGCGGUGGAUCAGUGCCGUUGGUCGCUCACCCCCGUCAACUCCAACACCACCGUAGUGGUGAAGCAAUUUCCGGCGGCUGGCAACGAGGCGCGAGACUGCAGCGUUCGUCUGAGUCACGCGCUCGCCGAACAGGAGGGACUCUGGACCUGCGGUGCCAGAAUACACGGCCGGCAAAAUUACACGGACGCGCCGCCCGCGAAGCUGAGCCUCCUCGAACCAGAACCCGUCACUAUCGCGGUUUGGUCUACGCCUCAUCAGAUGGUUACUCUUGCAUGUAGGAUCGGAGCUGUGUCAUCGGAAGCCAACUGCCACUGGAUCCACGUUCCAAAUGUUCACAUACAUCAAAACUAUAGCAAGCUUGCGAAGAAGCCGAGGCAUAACAUGCAAAUGGAUUACACCACGGGUAUAUGCAAGCUAGUCUUCAAACCGGAUCAUUCCGAUCUAGGAAAGUGGACUUGCACAUUUACUCUAACGAAUGAAAACACUGACAUCGAGAUAGGAAGCGCGACACUCGUUCUGCUCAACACCGUAGCAGAUGAAAAACUAGGAUGGAUCGUGGGUGCCUUAACGGCUAUGAUUUUAUUCCUGAUGAUAAUAGUCGUAGUAUUAGUGGUGUGUAAGGCGCGAAUUUUCGUCCGUAAGACGUCCGAAGUUCUGGAAACCUUACCCUCCAACGUAAACAAACAAAGUGUGAAAUUCCGUGGUGAAAAUUAUACCGAAGAUCAGGGGAAGAUAAAUCUUCACUUCACCGAGGACAGCCGUACAUCGAGUCUCAAAAGCAUUUUACCCAAUAGAAGUCCACGCUUGCAAGAUCGCAUGGAGAAAAUUCAUGCAAUGCCGUCUAAAGUAUUUGAGAAUGUUGGAAUGUAACACAUGAUUUUCUUCGUCGAUAUAAAAAAUUGUUUCUAACGAAUUAACAUAAGAUUAUUUUUUUUAUAUCAGAAGUUAAAACUGUAUUACUAUAGGUGAAAAGAUGUAUUUUUUAGUAGAUACAAGAAAAUUG